CUUUCAAAAAAGAAAAAUCAAUCUUCUCUCAUUCUCUUUUCAUAUCGGUGGUCUUUUUAAGUUCAUUUAAUCGAGCGUAAAAAUAUUUCAAUUUUAAUACGCAUGGUUCGAAGAUGAAAGUAAUCAGUUUUCAAGAAUAUUUUUACAUAAUUUCAUUCUUCACGAGUAUUUUAUGAUCAAAAUCUCUUAUUUUUCUUAAUUUUUCAUUUUAUUAGAUACAUUUUGUUGUUGUUGUUGUUGUUGUUGUUUUUCUUUUUUCCAAAAAUGGGUAAUGGAGUUAGAAAACUGAAUGUUUGUUUUGCUGGAGAUGUUGGAGAAAUAUCAAAAAGAUAUAAUCAUAAUGAUAUUAUGAAUAUUACUGAUCCACUUGAUGAAGGUUUGGGUCAUUCAUUUGCUUAUAUCCGACCGGAACCGUAUUUAAAAGCCCGGCCCGACCCGUUUUCCGAUGACUCGUCGCCUUCUUCCUCCUCCACCACCAUUUCCAGUGUCGCCACCAGUAGUACGGCGGCGUUCCGUACAAUUUCCGGCGCUUCUAUAUCGGCGAAUACGUCAACUCCUUUGUCAACGGUCCUCGUUGACUUUUCGGCCCGUAUUGAUAAGGCAUCGGCAUUUGAGAGUUCCCAGUAUUUCUCUUCUAUUCCUUUACAGCCAAUUCCCAGAGGCUCAUUUCACUCAGGCCCGAUCCCAGCCCGUGUAUCUAACACGAGCUUGAGUUCGGGCCCGAUGGAGAGGGGAUUCAUGUCUGGCCCGAUUGAAAGGAGCUACACUUCGGGCCCGUUGGAGAGUCAGUCUGAUCAUCCUAUGCAACAAAGGUACAAAAGGAAGUGCAAGAAGUGGGGUUUGAUUAGAGGUUUAAAGAAAGUGUUGUCAAGCUCUUUUAUGGGGUUUAAAGAAGUGAAGUUGGCAGAAAAGAACAAUAACAAUAAUAAUAAUAAUAAUACUGAUGAUGUUAAUGCUGGUGGGAGUAAUGUUGGCAAUGUUUUGAUUUGUCAGAAUAGUUUGGUUGAUGACGAUGAUGAGGAAAAUGAUUCUUUUCGAGGCCAGAAUGUGCAAUGGGCACAAGGAAAAGCAGGGGAAGACAGAGUACAUGUUGUGAUUUCUGAGGAACAUGGUUGGGUUUUCGUCGGGAUUUAUGAUGGAUUUAACGGUCCUGAUGCUACCGAUUUUCUAUUGAACAAUCUUUAUUCAAAUGUGUAUAAAGAGCUCAAAGGAUUGUUAUGGAAUGAUAAGUCAGAAACUCCCAAGAAUUCGACUAGCAACGAGGUUGCUCCAUAUAGGAAUUCAGGCUGUAGUAAGGUGGAACAUUUUGUUGCAAAUCAAGAAUCUGAUGGGGUUUUUGUUGUUGACCAUUCUGAUGUCUUGAAGGCUUUAUCUGAGGGGUUAAUGAAAACCGAGGCAUCGUAUUUGGAGAUUACUGAUAUGAUGAUUAAGGAGAAUCCUGAAUUGGCUUUAAUGGGAUCUUGUGUUUUGGUGAUGUUGCUCAAGGAUCAAGAUGUAUAUUUAUUGAAUGUUGGCGAUAGCCGAGCUGUUUUAGCACAAAAUCUUGAAUCUGAUGUUUCUGUUAACAAGUUCAAAAGGAUGAAUGAGCAGAGUGUUAAUAGCAUUGAUGCACUCUAUAGAGCUGAAUCCGAUCGCAAACAUAAUCUGGUUGCUUCUCAACUUACUAUGGAUCAUAGCACAUCUAUCAAAGAGGAGGUUGUUAGGAUUACAAGUGAGCAUCCGGAUGAUCCUUUCGCGAUUAAAAAUGAUAGGGUGAAAGGUUUGGCCGUUACUCGAGCUUUUGGGGCAGGAUAUCUCAAAAAGCCCAAGUGGAACAAUGCACUUUUAGAGGUGUUUAGAAUUGACUACAUUGGAAAUUCACCUUACAUCAACUGUUUGCCAUCACUUUACCACCACACACUUGGUUCAAGAGACAAAUUCUUGAUCUUAUCGUCCGAUGGGCUUUACCAAUACUUCACGAAUGAAGAAGCAGUCUCGGAAGUUGAGACCUUUAUGUCUAUAUUCCCCGAGGGAGAUCCUGCACAACAUCUGGUCGAAGAAGUGUUAUUCAGAGCUGCUAAGAAAGCUGGCUUGAACUUUCAUGAGUUGCUCGAUAUACCUCAAGGUGAUCGUAGGAGGUACCAUGAUGAUGUUUCAAUUAUCAUUUUAUCCUUCGAAGGAAGGAUAUGGAAAUCAUCUAUGUAAAUCAUAGCUAGACAGAGGAAUUUUGAUAUUUUACCGUCGAGACAAAAAAACACAGUGAAAGAAAUCAAGCCAAGUAUACCCAAUUUUAGUAGUGUUGAUAGAUAGUAUACAAGUUUAGGCUGCUCGAUAAAACAAUAGCGCGAGGCUAAGGUUUCUUGCUCCAGAUACUGUAUAGUUGCCAAUAAACUUACAACAACCCCUGCCUCGUUUUGCAUUCAAAUGUUAUUAGGGCAAUGGUUAUUUGUAACAGGUACUCCUUGUAUACAUUUAGGAGUUCCAUCUCACAAACUUCACCUCAAUAGAUAUGACUUCUUGGUCAAAAUUCCUUUAUUUUAUACCAUUCUUACUACAGUUAAA